AUGGUCGAUGGCAACGCUAUCGCAUACAAUGUCGCCGCCUUCAUCAGCACUCUGUUCCUCCUUGAGUUUGGUGCCAACAAAUCUGUUGAUCACACUGCUAUCGUCGCUCGCCGGACAGGAGUUCCGGACACGAUAAUCGCAUUGCUCACCGCUGGCGCAGGAUGGGAAGAGGUAACGCUUCGACCUAAAUGA